CUCCAAAGAAAGAGAAAAUGAAACCACAGGCUUACAGCGUCUCAGAGGAUGUGAAUUUUAUGUAAUUGUCUCUAAAACUGAUGCGCUGAAAUGAUGUAAUGCCAGCAACAUCAGAGGAAACAUGCAAACGACAUAUUGAAGCCAGGAAAGGGUUAAUUCUGGAGUCUUUAAGAUGCUGUAUACCUCUCCGUUUCUCUGCAGAGCAGCAGUUCGGUUGUAGGCUUUCAGUACCAGUGCUGUUAAGUGUAAUUACGUUCGAGCAGGGCCCACUAUCUCUCAUCAGAGGGAGCUGUUGAGGCAGCAGCUGUGUGAAAAAUCCUACAGUGAACGUUCGAGCCAUGUCACUCACUCUCAAUUCGUUUGGACAUGACUGGUUGCAUCUCUUCUAGGAGCUUGUUGGCAUUCUGUAGUGUAGAUGUUGGAUGUUGAAGGACAUUGUAAAGAAAGGGCCUGGAUCGGUACUGACUUGCAAGCUAUCCUCAGUGCCUGUGAGAGCUUGUGCUUCUGUCUGAGUGCUGGGAGAGGCAGACAAUUCUUGGCUGGUGUGUGUGCAGCAAGCUCAAGGUUGUAUAUGGAUAGGAGCUCUCUGCUUCAGCUCAUACAGGAGCAGAGCACAUGAUACAAGGCAGAGGAAGAGAACUAGAAAUGAACUUACAAACAUUUCUCAAUGUGAAUGCUACGAAUGCUCUCAAAGCCGAAAACAAGUCGAAUGACAGAAUAUUGCUUGACACACAGUUUGCUGGGGCCUGAACACAUUACAACAAAAACAAAGUUCCCGGAAAAUCUCAACAGGUCUGGCAGCAUCUGUGGAGGAGAAAACAGAGUUAACGUUUCGGGUCUGGUGACCCUUCCUCAGAACACAUUCUUUCCUCAAAAUUACCUCAAUGACUUAAUGAGGGGAUGAGGAGAGAUAAGGCACGAUAGCCAAAUUCACAGAUGAGAGAAAGAUAGCUUGACCCAGAGAACACUGGUUUCAUUGCUGUGGAGCACUUUUCCAAUCUGCUUCAGAGCCAUGAACUACAGCUGGACCCCACCAAACUCGAGAUGCUUUUUGCUCUUGUGCAGAGCAAUGAGCAGGGCCAGAUCUGCUACCACGAGCUCGUCAACCUGAUGAGCAGCAAGCGCUCGAGCAGCUUCCGGCGAGCGAUUUCUAAUGGGCACAGGAACUUACCGCGUGAAUUCCUGCUGGACGAGCCGGGACUAACCUUCUACAAACGUUUGGUGAGGCACGUUGCGUACGAGAUCCUGCCCUGCGAGUUGGACAGACGUUGGUACUACAGCCAGUACCGUGGCUGCCCACCACCUCUCUUCAUGACGGUCCUCACAAUCAUUCAGAUUGUUAUAUUCAUCUGCUAUGGAGCCAUGCUAAAUAAGUGGGUUUUACAGACCUAUCACCCAGACUACAUGAAGAGUCCACUCGUGUAUCAUCCUGGACACAGGGCUCACGUCUGGAGGUUCUUCACAUAUAUGUUUAUGCAUGCUGGGUUGGAGCAACUGGGGUUCAAUGCUUUCUUGCAGCUGAUGAUUGGAGUGCCCCUUGAGAUGGUCCAUGGGAUUAUGCGCAUUGGGCUGCUGUACUUGGCUGGUGUUCUCGCAGGCUCCCUGACUGUUUCUGUCACUGACAUGCGGGCACCUGUGGUUGGAGCCUCUGGCGGUGUGUACGCUCUCUGUUCUGCACACUUGGCCAAUGUUGUCAUGAAUUGGGCUGGAAUGAGGUGCCCCUAUAAACUACUUCGAAUGAUCUUGGCCCUUGUCUGCAUGAGCUCUGAGGUCGGCCGUGCAGUAUGGCUUCGUUUCUCCCCUCCACUUCCUUCUUCUGGUCCCCAGCCUAGCUUCAUGGCACAUCUGGCUGGUGCAGUGGUGGGAAUCAGUAUGGGACUCAUCAUCUUGCGCAGCUAUGAGGAGAAUCUCCACCAGCAGUGUGCCUGGUGGGUCAUGGUCUUCUCGUACGCCAUCUUUGUUGUGUUCGCAAUUUUCUGGAACAUUUUUGCGUACGACCUCCUGGGUGUGCAGAUCCCACCCCCGCCGUAGGUAACCACACCUCGGCUUUGGAAUCUGUCCCAGCAGAGAGGUUUAUUUGGCUGCGGAACCUCUUUGUUAAUGAAGAAACAUGAAGUGGACCUUCAGCGAGCAACUGUUAAAACUGACCUUUUGACUACCGAUUUUUAUCAUCAUUGUGAUUGGCAGGAUUUGUAUCUCAAUGACUAGACAAUGAGUAAUCACCACACCAGUGGUAGACAUCACUUGCAAAUUUUUGGGAUUUUGAGAGUAUAGGUGGAAGAUUGAAUUUUAUUCUGGUGGAACCAGCUGUUGUGGAAGUCUAACACUAUAAGUGGAGCUUCUGUUUAACCUGCUGUGUGGAGGGUAUAUUCAAUCCCUGUAGGAAUGCAUCCUACUUCCCUACACCAAGAGAAUUUAAGUGCAGGUUGGAACAUGCCAAGGGUUAAGAACCAGGUAUACUCAGGAAUACAGCCAGAGUGUUAGCAGCUCAACCCAUUUAGAGGUUACAAGCACCCAGCCCUGGUAAGCUACCUGCUACUUGUCUAUCUUGGAUCAUCCUUACCUGAUAAGACGGCGAAAACAGGAAUAGGUUAGAAAGCCCAAAUUUAAAACACACAUAACAUUCAUUUUACUAGCUCUGCAUUUUCUCAAGAACCUCACUGUAUUUUGUGUACAUUUCAUCAAAUGGGAUGUGAAGAUAUAUUGAAAAAAAUUUGUGACAAGAAUUAUAUUGUGAACAAUGACCUUCAUCGUACUUCCUUUGACCUAUUAAGUCUGGUAAAUCUAAUGUGUUAAAUUUCAUACAGAUGUUUUCAAGCUAAAAU